AUGGCGUGGUCAAAGUCAACGCGCAUUCUGGUCAUGCUAUUGAUCGAUGCGGUAUUUUUCAUCGUAGAAUUGGGUGUCGGUUUAUGGGUUGGAUCAUUGGCAUUAAUGGCAGAUGCCUUUCACAUGCUGAACGAUAUUAUCUCUCUCGCGGUUGGACUUUGGGCUGUUAAAGCUGCGCGAAGAAAUACCACGGAUAAAUAUUCUUUUGGAUUUUUAAGAGCAGAAAUCCUUGGCGCCUUUUUCAACGCCGUCUUCCUUAUUGCGCUUUGCGUAUCCAUUGUUCUCGAAGCUGUCGGACGUUUCUUCGAUCCACCUGAGAUUAGUGAGCCAAAACUUAUACUUGUUGUUGGAUCGUUGGGAUUGGCAUCGAAUCUGGCUGGAUUCUUCGUAUUAGGUGGACAUGGUCACUCUCAUGGCCCAGGGGAUGGACAUUCUCAUGAUGAAAUCGCCGAUGCGGAAGAAGGACAUGCGCAUAGUCACAGUCAUGCCCACGAAAGCAACUACGAAACAUAUAGAGAUGAGGUCAACGAAGAAAGUGGAAAUGCAGGCGAGGUUUUCCCCGAAGCUGUUGUAGCAAAAGCUACCGCCAAACGACAAGUACAAUUUACCAAACCCGAUGAAGAUGCUUCGACAGCUCGCGAUAGCAGCAGUAUCAUGACUAGAUCGCCCAGCAGAAGUUCCAAACAACACUCUCAUCGAAGACGAACGAGCAAGUCUCAAUUCUCUAGUUUGGAUAAUCUAAGCAUUCACCCGGCAAGUUUCCGUCAAGACAUCAUCGCUGCAAGCAAGACACAAUUGGAUGGAAUUGAAAGCGAGGAUUCCAGUGAACCAGAUGACGACACCCAUGCCAGAUCCGGACCAGCACCAACUGAAAAUAGUCCUCUUCUUUCGCACAACCACGACCAUCACGCAGAUACUCAUGCUCAUAGCCAUGAUCACGACAACGACGGCCAUCAUCAUGAACAUCGUUCGAGUCGCCAAUCGAAGCAUGCGGCGCAUAAUCACAACAACAAAUCCAAGAAGAAGUCUGGUGGUCAUGGUCACAACCAUGAUGAUAUGGGAAUGAAUGCUAUGAUCCUUCACGUUAUUGGUGAUGCUCUUGGAAAUGUUGGAGUUAUAGUCACUGCUUUGAUCAUCUGGUUGACUAACUGGCCUGGUCGUUUAUAUGCUGAUCCUGCUGUAUCACUCUUCAUUACCAUCAUUAUUCUCCGGUCUUGCAUUCCAUUGACCAAGGCUACCGCUCAAAUCUUACUACAAGCUACACCAGAUUCGAUUGACGUCGCACUUAUCAAAGAAGAUAUCGAAAAUUUCGAGGCUGUGAAGGGCUGCCAUCAUGUCCACAUUUGGCAACUUAGCGAUUCCCAACUUGUUGCAUCCAUGCAUAUACAAGUUGCCUUUCCCAUAGGGGAAGAUGGCGGGGAAAAAUACAUGCAAUUGGCAAAGGAGAUUCGAGAAUGCUUACACGGCCACGGUAUCCACAGCGCGACUCUUCAACCCGAAUUUUGUCUUGAUAAAGAUCAUGACCAUAUCUUUGAUGGUUCAGUCGGAUUAGAUGGACAAGUUCAAACCAAAUGUGGGAUGGAGGAUGACGAUUCAUGUUUACUCGAAUGUAUCGAUAAUUGCAAGGGAAAGGGAUGUUGUUCGACACAGGCAGUAGAGCCUCAACAUGACCAUUCAGACCAUGAUGGUCACUCUCAUUAG